GAGCUCUCUGUCCGUCCCACGACCAGACGGUCAGUGGAUGUCCGCCGCGAGAUGGCGCCAGCAGCCGCCGUGGUCGCGUGGAUGCUCCUCCACCUGCUGUCCACGGGGGUCGAAGCCCGCACCGGCGUCUGCACCCGCAAAGAGUCGCGACAAGUGCCCUACACGUACACCGGGUACUCAGGACGGACCUACGUGUAUUACGAGAAGUGCUGGUGGGUGUUCGGGUCGUGCACAAAGUACGGCUACCGCACGUACUCCUACACGCGCUACGCGAACUACUUGGUGUACUCGGAGAAGAGCUUCUGCUGUUCCGGCUACGAGGGGAACCCCGACCUGUGGGGCUGCGACCCCGUCUGUCCAGGAGGCUGUGGGCCCAGGGAGGAGUGCAGCCAACCAUACAGUUGCACGUGCAAGGCUGGCUACGCGCGAACCAACGGGACGUGCCGGUCACCCUGCGAAGUCCGCGGCUGCGAACACGGCUCGUGUACCGACCUGAACACCUGCACGUGCGACGCGGGAUACGAGAAGCCAGGUGAGGCAGAAGCUGAGAACAAACCUGUUGUGUGUCGGCCGGUCUGCAGCUCGGGAUGUGUGAACGCAGACUGCGUUGCGCCGGACACCUGUAGCUGCCUGCCCGGAUACAGUGACCAUGGGCCACUACCAUCGCACAGGGGGUCACCACUAGAAGCCAGUUACCAGCUCUCACCGAAGGCGCCGUACAAGAACACUUGCUGGCCAACGUGUCACCACGGUUGCCAGAAUGGCUACUGUGUCCUGCCGGAGACCUGCACCUGUCUGGACGGUUACGAAAUGGUCCCGGGAGACGGUACCCGUUCCAGGUGCCUCCCAGUCUGCUCGACGCCGUGUACCAACGCCAACUGUACAGCCCCAGACACCUGCACCUGUUUCGUUGGCUACGAGAGGGACCCCGAAGACCUCUCUGGGGCUACCUGCGUCCCUGUCUGCCCAGACCCCUGUGUGAAUGCCGAGUGCACUGCCCCCGCGACGUGUACUUGUUUGGACGGCUACCAGAAGGAUCCCGAGGGCGCGACCAACUACAUCUGCACUCCCAUUUGCUCCAAUCCGUGCACUAACGCCAACUGUACAGCCCCAGACACCUGCACCUGUUUCGUUGGCUACGAGAGGGACCCCAAAGACCUCUCUGGGGCUACCUGCGUCCCUGUCUGCCCAGACCCCUGUGUGAAUGCCGAGUGCACUGCCCCCGCGACGUGUACUUGUUUGGACGGCUACCAGAAGGAUCCCGAGGGCGCGACCAACUACAUCUGCACUCCCAUUUGCUCCAAUCCGUGCACUAACGCCAACUGUACAGCCCCAGACACCUGCACCUGUUUCGUUGGCUACGAGAGGGACCCCGAAGACCUCUCUGGGGCUACCUGCGUCCCUGUCUGCCCGGACCCCUGUGUGAAUGCCGAGUGCACUGCCCCCGCGACGUGUACUUGUUUGGACGGCUACCAGAAGGAUCCCGAGGGCGCGACCAACUACAUCUGCACUCCCAUUUGCUCCAAUCCGUGCACUAACGCCAACUGUACAGCCCCAGACACCUGCACCUGUUUCGUUGGCUACGAGAGGGACCCCAAAGACCUCUCUGGGGCUACCUGCGUCCCUGUCUGCCCAGACCCCUGUGUGAAUGCCGAGUGCACUGCCCCCGCGACGUGUACUUGUUUGGACGGCUACCAGAAGGAUCCCGAGGGCGCGACCAACUACAUCUGCACUCCCAUUUGCUCCAAUCCGUGCACUAACGCCAACUGUACAGCCCCAGACACCUGCACCUGUUUCGUUGGCUACGAGAGGGACCCCGAAGACCCGUCUGGGUCUACCUGCGUCCCUGUCUGCCCAGACCCCUGUGUGAAUGCCGAGUGCACUGCCCCCGCGACGUGUACUUGUUUGGACGGCUACCAGAAGGAUCCCGAGGGCGCGACCAACUACAUCUGCACUCCCAUUUGCUCCAAUCCGUGCACUAACGCCAACUGCACAGCCCCAGACACCUGCACCUGUUUCGCUGGCUACGAGAGGGAUCUCGAAGACCUGUCUGGGGCUACCUGUGUCCCCGUCUGCCCGGACCCCUGUGUGAAUGCCGAAUGCAUGGCCCCGGCGACCUGCACUUGUUUAGAAGGCUACCAGAAGGAUCCCGAGGAAGCGACCACCUGCACUCCCAUUUGCUUCAAUCCUUGCACUAACGCCAACUGCACAGCCCCAGACACCUGCAGCUGCCUCGCUGGCUACGAGAGGGACCCCGAAGACCUGUCGGGGGCUACCUGCAUCCCCAUCUGCCCGGACCCCUGUGUGAAUGCCGAGUGCACGGCUCCGGCGACUUGCACUUGUUUGGACGGCUACCAGAAAGAUCCCGACGACGCGACCAACUCCACCUGCACUCCCAUUUGCUCCACUCCGUGCACUAACGCCAACUGUACAGACCCUGACAUCUGCACUUGUUUCGACGGCUACGAGGUGGACAUCGAGGACCUGUCCGGUUCCACCUGCCUCCCCAUUUGCUCCAAUCCGUGCACCAACGCCAACUGUACAGAGCCCGAGAUUUGUACCUGCUUCGAGGGCUACGAGCUGGAUCUGGAAGAUGCGACCGCGUCCACGUGCCUGCCCGUUUGCUCGUUUCCCUGCGUGAACGCAAACUGCACGGAACCGGAAACGUGCACCUGCUGGGACGGCUAUGAAGCCGAUCCGGACGACUCUUUCAACUCUACAUGCGUACCCUUGUGCCCCGACGGCUGCACCAACGCCAACUGCUCUGCGCCGUGGACGUGCACGUGUCUGGAAGGGUACGAGAUGGACCCUGGUGACGAGACAAAUUCCACGUGUCUUCCUGUCUGCUCCAACGGCUGCGUCAACGGCAACUGCACCAAGCCGGGGGUUUGCACGUGCUUCGAUGGCUUCAGAAUGCUUCCAGGCGAUGAGACCAAGUCCGUUUGCUACAACAUCGCACACAUGUCAUGGAUGAUAGGAGGAGGGGCGGGUGCAGCGGCGCUGCUGGUCCUGAUGUCGACUACGUCCAUCGUAGUGUGCUGUUUCCUGCGGAGAAGACGCAGCUACGUCGCCAAAGGGGACGGUGUUUUUCUGAAUCCGUCCUUCGGUAUUUUCGAGCCGGCAUCAGAGGUCGACGACCUACUGGACGAUAUGCGGAAGGAAGAAAUCGAGGAACAGACCAGACACCGGAUUCUGAGCCAAUCACCCGACGGGCGGCUUGAGUUUUUGUAGAAAUCGAAGGCUUUGUAAUUAAAUGUAAAUAAAAUGAAAUAUAAAUGUUGCCAGUGGAUCUUGUUUACUAACGAUAACUGGUUUCGGUAAACAGAGCUACCAUCAUAUAAUCUGUAAAUAGUGUACAGAAAGUGUAAAGCAAAUUACGUUAUAAGAAUAGCGUCAAAUGCC